ACAACGUAGUAAGACUUGAGCAGGUUGAAUAUGGUUUACGCCACAAUUCUAGUUAUUUCGAGUGAUUAAUAAAUAUUUCAUUAAUAAAAAAUAUAUCUUGGUGUUCAGUGAGAACGAGAACUCCUAAAUCUAAUUUAGUUUAUUGUCUUCGGUGCUGUAAAGUGGCUCGUGUCGUUGAGAGGCGCGGGCUUGCAACUGAAGGAGCUUCCGAAUUGUUUCCAGAUCAAGCGUCGCAAUCGAUAAAUAUGAACUCCAGUGGGGCGCUUGGACUUCGCAUUCCUGAAUGGAACCUGAACAAAAGCCAAUAUGACGAAGUCGACAGCUUACCACUUAUAGCCAGCAUAGGCCCAGUGUUGACCAUAUUGGCUACAUAUCUUGUGUUCGUGCUGAAGAUUGGACCAGCUUUAAUGACAAAACGAGAACCUUUCAAACUAAACACCACGCUACUCCUAUACAACGGAAUACAAGUCGUCAUAUCUGUAUAUUUGGUGCAAAGGUACUUGAUGAAUUUACUUGACAUCGGAUUAACGCCAAAGAAAUGUUACAUACAGGAUGUUGAAUACAGAAACAAUAUCCUGAUGGGAAUUUGGUUAUACUUCGCAGCGAAAGUCACCGAGCUCCUCGAUACUGUAUUCUUUGUGUUAAGGAAGAAGGAUAAUCAGGUCACCUUCCUGCAUCUGUACCACCACUCCAUCAUGAUGAUCGGCACCUGGUGCUACAUCAAAUACUGGCCGUCGCACACCCUCAUCUUCAUCGGCUUCUUAAACUCCCUCGUGCACGUCUUCAUGUACACGUACUAUGGCUUGUCGGCUCUUGGACCAAAUGUCGCCAAGUACUUGUUCUGGAAGAAAUAUAUGACGAAGUUCCAAUUGGUACAAUUUGUAUGUAUAAUAAUACAGUACGUGUCCGCGGUGAGGAGCUCUGAAUGUCCACCAGCAAAGGGUGUCGCCACAUUCGUCGCCUGUAACACCGGCUUCUUCCUCGUUCUUUUCCUAAAUUUCUACCGUCACAGCUACAAUCGUAAAUCAAAGAAAACUAGCAAUAGUAUUUGCCAAACAGUAAUUAAAUUAGAAGAAAUAAAAGACAAAAACAUUUAAUUUAAUGCCAGAACAAACAAUAACAUUUUCUUUAAGGGAAUUCGAAUAAGAAAGGAUUGGUAUUGUGAUAAACCUAGAAAGAUGGGUUGCCUGAAAAGAUCCGAGUUCUUAAUUCAAUCGUUUGGAUCUUUACGGUUGGUUGGCUCUAUGUAUAUUUAUAUUUUAUCAUUUUAUUAAAUUAAUUUAUUGAAAAAAAAUAACUUAAUAACUUUAGGACCAUUUCACUAUUAAUUUUUCGUGUACGGAAAGGAAUUUGUUUUUUAUCAGAACCGAGGAAAUCAACUCUAAAAUUGUAUUAAGUAAGGAAUAUAAAAAUAUGUGAUAAAUCAUGUUCUUAUGAAUAUCAACUUUAUGAUAAAG